AUGCGGACGGCGGAGGUCCUGCCCUGCGGCCACCGGCUCUACCCCCACCUCCAGGCCCACCUCCCGCCCGCCGAGGUCCUGGCGGGGCUCAAAAGCGCCUUUUUGGGGGAGUCCGAGGCGGCCUGGGAGGGGUUUUGCGCGAUGCGGCGCGCGCUCGGCGCGCGGAAGGGGCCCGGGGGCUGCGAAUCGCCCCCGAUGUCGGGGGCCAUCCCCCUCGACGACCCCGACGAGGCCGCCGAGGCGGCGGAUUUAGCGGAAUCCGACGCGUCGCGUUCGGAUUUUCUGCCGCUUGAGGCCGGGCGUCGCGCGCUUUCGCCGGCGGAGAUCGCCCUACGCCGGCGGCUUCAAAUUCGCGCCGCCAUCGCGCGGCAUUUCGAGGGCUUCGACCCCUUUUCGAUCCCGAACGUCGGCGUGCUGGGUGAGGACGCGCUGCGGCGCCUGUACACGGCCCCGACCGACUCCUCCGCCUUCGCCGAGGCUGUCGAGGCGGUUUCGCGGAUCCGGGCCUACGGCCGCGGGAAAGGCAAGCAAAAGGCGCUGAGUUUUCUAUGGCAUUAUUACCCCGAAUUCGCGCAGGCCCUCCUGCACGCUUCCUUUGCGAGCGCGGGGCGGUGGUGCGAGUUCUUGCGCGACUGCGCGGCCCUCGUCUCGGACGAGCUCGAAAGCGUCGAGGCGGUUUAUCGCGCGCAGCGCUACCCUUUAACCCUCAGCGCCGGCGAGCCCGCCCCGGGGCGGCCCACGCCGCUUUUUUAUCAGGCCUGCCCUUCCCUCGAGGCCUUUUCGGAGGCGCUGAAUCAGACCUGGGCCCGCCUUCUCUUCCGCGGCGGGGGGGGCAAAUUUUACACCUACGGCAAUGUCGAUGCGAAGGUCCUGGCCACCACCCUCCAGCUGAGCUGUGCGACCUACCAACAAAAGUACCGCCUGCGCCCCGAAUCGCUUUCGGCGAACGGCGAUCACCUUCGCCCUGCCGGGCCCAUUUCGAUCCCGCAGCUCCCGACGGAUGUUCUUUUGUCGCCCUUUCAGGCCAAAGUGCUGGACCUCACAAAAAGCUCCUACUUUUCAGGGGCCGGAUUUAUUCAGGUGGAGAAGAAGAUCCCCGGGCUCUCAGAGGUUUUGGAGCGGGUCGCGUCGUGCGAUUCGACGGCCAAGGAGGUCCGGUCGAUUAAUCGUCCUCACGACCCGUUGUGGGAUGCGCAGGCCCUGGCGUGCGUUUGCGUCGGCGCCGGGGUCCUUCGAUCGAGGGAAUCGCCCAAAACCAACCCAACCCAUCAGGCGAACCCGCAAGGGGAAUAA